AACUGAAACCAAUAAUUAUUGUAUCUGCUGUGUGACAGUGUUUAAGUAACUUCAGUGACACGCUUCAAUAUUCAUUGUAAAAAUGAAUAACUCUGCUGCAAAGGUUGGAGAGAUAUUUCGGGAAGCCGGUACAGCUUUUAACAAGCUUUCUGAAAUGACUAUGCUGUUACAUCCUGUUGGUGACUCGCAGCCCGGAGGCAAGUGGACAGAUGAGGAGAUAGAAAUGCUCAGGUCCUGUGUACACCGGUUUGCUAUAGACCUCAACAAGCUUAGCCAGCAUAUCAAGAAUCGGACUGUAACACAAAUCCGUACUACUCUAAAGAAGAAGGCUUUUGAAGAUGCAGGUAUACCUGUCAGGCAGGUAAGCAGUACAGUGACCAGCCACAGCCAGCCUCCCCAACCGCCUCAGGUAGCCACUCAGUCUCCACUCAGAGCCCUCAACCAACAGACGGUGUUAGGAAAAAACGCAGAGGUGACGCUGAACAUGCUUAACGCGUCGGAGAACGAGGUGGAUGUGGAGGGGCUCAGCGGCGAUGUCAAGCUUGAGUUCGAGGCCAGCACCGAGGAGGUGGCCACCUGAAACAUGUUUGGCUUUUCCUUCUAUUAAGCAGGAAGGCUUCAAAACGCACCCCAAUAUAGACUGAGUGCGUAUAUAAGACAAUCUUG